CUUGGGCCUGGAGGAAGUGGUAAUUGGGACGGAAGUGAAAAAAGAAACAUCGCCAAACGCCGAGGACGCCUUGGUGAGGGAGAAGUCGUCGACGAGGAGGAGAAGCCGCUGCAGGUUGAACGUCCGUCCGUAAAUCAAUCAUGCCGAGGGGGAGCCGAAGCCGAACGUCCCGGAUGGCGCCACCCGCCAGCCGUGCACCAAUGCGAUCAGCUCCACCCAUGGCUGCGCGUGCUCCUGUUCCAGCUCCAGCCCCUGCUUCGGCAGUGGGUUCUCCUGCCCCCAAGCAGCCUGGCCUGAUGGCCCAGAUGGCCACCACAGCUGCAGGUGUCGCUGUAGGUUCUGCUGUGGGCCAUACUCUAGGACAUGCCAUGACUGGCGGCUUUGGGGGUGGAAGCUCUGAAGCUGCAAGACCUGACAUCACUUACCAGGAGCCUCAGCCAGCCCAGCCUGCUAUGCAGCAGUCCCAAUACACGCCUUGCCAGUAUGAGAUGAAGCAGUUCUUGGAGUGUGCUCAGAACCAGGCUGAUCUGAAGCUAUGUGAAGGCUUCAGCGAAGUGCUGAAGCAAUGCCGAUUUGCAAAUGGCUUAGCUUAAUUAAAUGCUGGAGGAUCAAAUCUAGCUCCAUCACUGAGAUACAUCGCCAGUAAAAUUUUCUUUUAACGUCUAAAAGCUCUCCGGCGUGUCUUUGUUUUCCAUCUGACAAGAAAGCAUGAAGCUUGCAGCAAAAAGAAUUGUGGCAAUAAUUUCUUGUGAUUGGGAAAGUAGAAUGAUCAUCCAAUUUUAGGAUUAUUUCACUUGUGUUAUUCCAGAUUGUAAUUGUGUAUGAUCCUCAGAAUAAAAAAUUAUUAUUUUGGAAAAGAG